AUGAAUGAACAUAAUGAAUAUGAAAAUUUGUGUCCUAAUAAUGAUUUUGUCAAUUAUAUUUCGGGAUUUUAUUGUUUAUUAGAUUUACACAAUGAUACAAUUGACCACAUCUCUGUAUCAAAAGAAGGAUUAAAGAACUUAUGCAAUGACUUUGUUUCAGACAGUUUUCAAUCAGUUUCAGAAAUUGAUUAUAAGCAAUUAAAUUCACAAUCAUUGCAUUUGAUUGGAUGUUAUGGAAAUCAUAACUUAAUUGCAAAGCUUUUGUUAAAUCACGAAAAAAUUGAUCAACCAUUGUAUGACAUGUUGAUUCGUCCAUCAUCUCUUCGCCCAGGAAUUUAUUUCUUGGUGUUCAAUUCUAAAUUAGGUUUAGUAAUUCAUUGGUCCGAAUAUGGAUGCUAUGAAAAUCGUGCUCCUUUACGAAUAGUGAAAAAUAUGAUAAACCUUCACCGUGAUCGAGACUUGAACAGGUUUGAUUGGAAAAAAGAAGUAUCAUCAAUUGACAAUGAUGAUGAUUCGUGUUAUGAAUUCGAGGUCAAGAAAAGUCAAAAACAAGAAUUUGCAUUUUUCAAUGGGUAUAACAUUUCUUUACCAGAGGCUAUUGAAUCAGAAAUCAAAAAUCAAUCUUACAAUGAAAUUUCAUUGCAACCAAAAGUCGUUGAAUCGAUUUCGUGUCAAGCUUUUGUUACACAAAUGAUAAUUACGCCUUUUGACACGAAAAAGAAUAGUGCUACUAGAAGAAAGUCAACUUUCGGUGAUUUUAUGAAUAAAUUUGGAGAUCAUUCUAUAAGAAUUAAUCGUUCAACCAUGGACAUGAAUAAGCUUAAAAUUCUUAUCGACUAUGGAUUAAAUAUAUAUAAUUUGAAGGAGCAAUUAGUUCAAUAUGAUGAUGAAAUGAAUUAUGAAUUGAAAGAAUUUGUUAAGAGGGAAAAGCAGGAAGUGCUAGCUAUUCAAAAUGGUGCUUAUGAUUUAGAAAGGAUAGCUCGUAAAAGACUUAAAGAAUUAUAUAGAUGUUUUGACGAUAAUAAAUCAGAUGAAGUUGAUGAGCCAGAAAUUAGCAAGGAUAUCGAGGGAUUAUUUUUAAAAUAUCCUAAUUUAACGGUCAAAUUGGAUGCGGCAUCAAAAAUCAAUACAGAUGAAUGGAUGCAAUUAAAACGAGGAUUUAGUUAUGGAACAUUAUUGAUAAAGGAAGUUCAAGCACAAGCAUCCAAUAAUGAAGAAUUGGACAACAAAGAAUUGGAUGAUGCUAUUUGGCAAGCAUUUUAUAAAGUUUUAAAUGGUUCACACCCUAAACCUCUCACAUUUAAUCACAUUUACAAAGAUUAUUUUAAGAAUCUGAGAACAAAAUUACACAUGAAGCAUAAAUUUACUUUUAAAUUGGAUGACAUUCAAAUUAACGAAUAUUAUAAUCAAGCAAUGUCUAUUGAUUUAUCGGAUUCAACAAUAAUUGAUUUAUUAUUAGAUAACGAAUUUUGUCCAAAUAACUCAAAACUUAGAGAAUCAAUUAUAAAAUUAUUUCGUGAUAUAUAUGAUGAAUGGAAAAUUAAUAAAUUUUCAGAUAAUAUUAAUAAGCUGGAUUGGUCGAAGCAUAUAGAAGUUGAACAUAAAAAGCAUAAGCAAGAUAUCUUAAGGAACACAUUUGAAAAGCUUUGCGAACUAAUUGAGGAAAGGUUUCCAGAUGGCAAAAUCACAAUAGAUUAUGAAGUCGUCAUUAUGCAACCAGCACAGUUACAAAUAACGAUCUAUGAAACAAUACUUGAGAAAGAUGAUUGUUUAAAAGUUCAUACUUUUACAAUUGAACCCGAAAAUAAAUUAAUGCAUAUAUCUAAGUUUGAUCACCCUGAACACCACCCAAAAUAUUUGUCAAUAAUUUGGAAUAAUAAAACAAAUCGAAUGGAACUACGCAUUGACACUAUACAAGGCUCUAUAAUUGAUAAUACAAAAAAAUAUCAGAAUAUGAUGAAUGCAAGUAAAUUCUGUCUUAUCGCCGUAAACGAAUCGAAAAGGUUAAUUGGGAUAUAUAAUACUGAUAAUGGCAUGCUUAACGUAUUUUAUUAUGACGAACAAAUAAAUCUUCAUACACGUAACAUAAAUAUUCGAAUCUUUGGAUGGUAUAAUAACUCAGUUCCUGAUAUUGUUAUUGAAAUGCCCUCAAAUAUGUCAAAUAUGCAAUUCGUGGAAUAUUUUAAAUUUUACAUGUCAGAAAACCGUCAAACUUAUCUUACAACACUUGACAUCAAUAUUGGUGUUUCAAAAGCCUUGAUCGUUAAAAUUGUGGAUGAUAAAAAAGCAAAUUAUCAACUUCAACAAUGUCAUCUUGAAAAAUCGACCGGACAGGUUAAAUUUGAAUCUGCAGCAUAUUCAGAUGAUCAUCUCGAGAAAUCAUCCAUUCUUAUUGGUAGACAGACCAACUUUACUCAAGAUAUUGAGGAAGGAGAAAAUAUUAUUAUUAUGGAUAAUAGUUAUGAAGUAAUUGAAAUAAUCUCCGAUAUUCGAAUAAAGAUAGCUGACAAUGUUUCUUCCCUUUUUGGUGUUGAAUCAUGUAUUUGA